UUCCGCAUUUGUUGUUGGUUUGCCGUUGCGUCGCGUGUGUGUCGGCUUUGCGUAACGUUAAAAGUUUUGAUUUGGAUUUUCUCCGGCAGCCGCAUCCGCCAACGAAAUGGUGCUGACCAAGGAAUACCGCGUGUGCAUGCCGCUCACCGUGGAGGAGUACAAAAUCGGACAGCUUUAUAUGAUAGCGCGCCACAGUCUGGAACAGUCGGAGGAGGGCGAGGGCGUCGAGGUGGUGGAGAACAAACCUUGCGAGGAUCCCGUCCACGGCAAGGGUCAGUACACGGAGAAGCACAUUCACUUGUCCAGUCGACUGCCCUACUGGAUACAGGCCAUCUGCCCGCGCGUCUUCUAUGUGAUAGAGAAAUCCUGGAACUACUAUCCCUACACGCUAACAGAAUACACGUGUUCCUUCAUACCCAAGUUAAAUGUUCUCAUCAAAACCAAGUACGAGGACAAUAAUGGCGGCACAGAAAACUGUUUGGAUCUCACGGAAGAAGAGCUGAAAGUUCGAACUGUGGAUCAUUUGGAUAUAGCUUUCGAUGAAGUCAGUGCCAAGCAUUAUAAGAAGGAGGAGGACCCCAAGUUUUACAAAUCUGAAAAGACAAAUCGCGGACCACUGAUUGAGGGAUGGCGAGAGACGGACAAGCCCAUCAUGUGCUCCUAUAAGGUGGUCCAUGCCAGCUUCGAAGUCUGGGGUCUGCAGACCAAAGUGGAGGACUUUAUUCAGCGCGGGAUUAGGGAGAUCCUCCUGCUGGGCCACCGGCAGGCUUUUGCUUGGCUGGACGAAUGGCAUGGUAUGACCCUCGAGGAUGUUCGCGCCUACGAGCGCCAAAAGCAGGCCGAGACCAAUGAGAAAAUUCACAAUACCAGUGGUGGCGCAAACGAGGCGGCGGGAGAUGCUGCCACCCAAGCUGGCGAUAUUGAUUGAGAUUUCAACUAAAAACCUAGAGAAGUCAUAGAGACAGAAUGCAGGCAAAUUGUACCUUCACGGCCUCGCGGCAGGCUUACAAAGUUUCAUAGAAAAUAUCUUAUUAACAUACGCAUGUUUGUGUAUAUAGUAUAUCGUAUAUCAAUGUCGAUGCAUUUCGCCGGUCCAAAGAAGCUCAGAGCUCUAGUUAAACUGCCUGCAGCGUUAAAAAGUACAAUGCACAAGCACCUAGCUGGGAACUCGAAACCAAAUAAUUGUUAAAAACUAGACCACGCAAUUUUUAGUCAACCUAUAUACACGCAUUGCACCCAAACACACAUCCUAGUCAACGGUUUGUGUUAACUAUAUUCCCUAGUUUAGCCCUCAAAUGAAAUGUAUAUUUUGGUGUACAAAUACAGACGAUUAAACAUAUUAGAAAGGUA